CUCCACGAAGUCCAGGCUCACACUGAAACUGGGUUACACAGAGCAAUGACUGGCUUCAUUGAGGGAAUUGAGAAAUUUGACAGUCCUGGAAAGGGACGAGGUCUCCGGGUUACAAGGCCUUUUAAAGUCGGCGAGCUCCUGUUUUCCAGCCCGGCGUAUUCUUAUGUCCUGUCAGUCAACGAGAGAGGCAACAGCUGUGAUUUCUGCUUCAACAGGAAAGAAGGUCUGGCAAGAUGUGGGAAGUGCAAAAAAGCUUUCUACUGCAAUGCAAAGUGCCAGAAAGGAGACUGGGCCAUGCACAAACUGGAGUGUUCAGCUAUGAAUGCAUUUGGAGAGAAUUGGUGUCCGUCAGAGACGACCCGCCUGGUGGCUCGCAUCCUCGCCAAGAAGCAGAAAAUGAUGAAAGAGCGAUGUGUUUCAGAGAAGCUGUUACUAAUUGAAGAACUGGAAUCACAUCUAGAGGAUGAAGACAAUGAAAAAAGAGAGAGGACUGAGGCUGAUAUUGCUGGACUCCAUCGAUUUUACCCCAAACACUUGGAGGUGCCUGACAGAAACGACUUGCUUACACUCUUUUCUCAGGUUGCCUGUAAUGGUUUUACAAUAGAAGAUGAUGAACUUUCCCACAUUGGAACCGCAGUGUAUCCAGAUGUGGCGCUUAUAAACCACAGUUGUCUUCCCAGCGUCAUAGUCACGUAUAACUGCACGACGGCUGAAGUCCGGGCGGUGCAGGACAUGAAGCCUGGAGAUGAAGUUCUCAUAAGCUACAUAGACCUCCUAUAUCCAACUGAUGAUCGAAACAUCAGGCUGAGGGAGUACUAUUACUUCACCUGUGACUGCUUGGAAUGCAAAACCAAGUCUAAAGAUGAGGAAAAGUUGAAAGUUCGUAAGCAGAGAGACCCAUUCGAGCCACAUGUGGUCAACAACAUGAUCCGUUACGCCAGGAACACAGUCAGGGAAUUCCGGGCCCUUAAGCACAUCAGAACGCCUAGUGAGCUGUUGGAGAUGUGUGAGCAGAGCUUGGAGAAAAUGGGAGCUGUGUUCGAUGACUCCAACGUCUACAUGCUCCACAUGAUGUACCAGGCCAUGGGGGUUUGCAUUUACAUGCAGGAUGCAGAUGGAGCUAUUCGAUAUGGACAGAAGAUCCUAAAACCUUACAGCAAGCUCUACCCCCCCUACUCGCUGAAUGUUUCCUCUAUGUACCUGAAGAUGGGUAGAAUCUACAUGAUGAUAGAGCGCCACUCUGAGGGCAUCAGGGCUCUCAAGAAGGCCAUGGCUGUGAUGGAGGUGGCCCAUGGAAAGGAUCACCCUUUCCUCAGAGGCCUGCGUAAAGAGAUUGGACAAAAGUGAAGAAAGCUUUGUGACUUUUUUUAUCCAAACUUUGAAGAGCAGGGAGAUUUGUUUUAAUGUUAAAGAAAGUUACAAAAACAACAAAUUAUGUUUUACACAGUUAUCUAGCUGUAUAGCUGUAUACCACUGUAAGGAUUUGAAGGAGUAAAAGUGUUUUUAUUGCACAUAUUGCACUGGAGGGGAAUAGUUUUCAAUGUUAAAACCGUUCAAGUAGUCAGUCUGUUUUGUUAUACAGGACACACUGGCCACAUCUGAAGGGAAGGUAAACAAACCCAAUGUUUGUUAAAUGACAUGCAUUUAGUUUUCUUGCAAAUGAGUUGAGGGUGAAUGCUCUGCUGAUUUAGGGCUUAUAGGGUGUGGAGGAGUAAAAGGGGAUGCCCACCCAGGGGGGCAUUUAUGCAUCAACCUCUAUUGCUUCUUAUGAUAAAACAGUUAAAAAGAAAUAAAUAUGUUUUCUUUUUCAUUUACCGGUAAUAAAAUCUUCAACCAUUUAAUUUCUUUAUCUGUUUCCAAUGUAGUCACAGCGUUGCCUUUUUUUAAGAGAACACAAUUUCAAAGCAGAAUCUGAGAAAACCGGACUUUCCCUCAGCACCACUACUAUCUGUUAUAGACAAGAAUCUGUUUUUAUCUGGACCCGAUGGUACCGGCUCGAAACAGGAGUGUUAUGUUUGAACAUUCCUCAGAUGUGAGGAUGUUUUUUGAUAUGUGGCAUCCAGUGCAAGGUUUUUGGGCUGUCCAGUGGUCUGCCUCACAUCCAGCUAGACAUUUUCCAGAUCAAACAGUUUCAAAAAGAAAAUCUUUAUCUUAAAAAAAUAUAAUCAUGCAUAGGGAUAAUAUUGUUUUUUUCAUUCAUUUAGCAAGAUCCAGGUCAUAAAAUCAUAAAGAAAUUAUUUUACACUAUUGGCAAACACACUAUUGCCCAAAGCAUUACAUCAGAGCAUUAUAGUUAGAUGUUUAAUCUCUACAUAACUGCAAGUGCAUGUAACCUCUGCAUGCAGGCUGCUACUGCAGAUGCGUGAAAAUCUGAGGCUGAGUGAAUAAGGGUGCAACCUACACAAUCAGUUCACUGUCAGCAGAAUCAAAGCUCCAAACUUCAUGUGCCCUUUGGCUUCAGAGCAAUGCACACAUAGAUUUUCUAGUUUCUACAGCUCAUCUGCUGCAUUCAAGCCCAACAACAGCGAGUGCAAAACUCAACAUCAAUGUUAGAAAUGAUGCAAUGUUCCCUGGAGUAAAAAAUCACUAUUCCCAUUGGUCAAUCCAGGGGAAAGGCACUUUUCUGACUGCUCUUUAAGCGAUUGGUAUAAUGCUACCAUUUAUUAGGGGUUACUUCAACUCUUUGCAAUAGCGACAGGAACACCUAGUGCUGCAAUCAGUAAGUAUGACUUGGUUAUACAUAUUGAUUGUUUGUGUGAAAACAGUUUCGAUUUAAGUUCCAAUUUUCCUGUAGAACAGAAAAGAUGAAAAAUUUCAAACAUUUAAACAAUAAAUAUGUAUUUACAUUAAAUUACAUUUUGAAUUGAAAAAGCUUCCUGGAUGGGAAGUGAAACACCUUCAAACUUGGAAAUAAAGUCCAGUGGAUUGUUUGUAAUUCUUUUU